CACUUCUACUUUGUCACGUGGGGUUGCUGAGUCAAAUAUCAAUUCAGAACCCUGAAGUUCUGUAAGGUUGUGAAGAAAAUAAAGCACAGACACUUGAAAGAUGUCUGAAAAUUCCAGUGACAGUGAUUCUUCUUGUGGUUGGACUGUCAUCAAUCAUGAGGGUUCUGAUAUAGAGAUGGUGAAUUCUGAACAUGGAGUAACCAGUGACAGCCGGGAGCUCACUCCAGAAUGUUCAUCUCUAGAGCAAGAGGAGCUACAAGUAUUGCAGUUAGAACAGGGAGAAAACAGCCAAAAUUGCACAAUGUUAAUGGGAGAAACUGCUUAUUCAGCUAUGGAAGAACCAACGUCAGCUUUUGAGGCAGAGGAAGAGAAGUCACCUGAAGACAAUGUGUAUUUUGGAAGUGUCAGUGAUGAUUCUGGUAUUGUUACCCUUGAGGCACCUAAGUUAGAAGAAACUGGAACUCAUGAAGAAGCUAUAAUUGUUAAAGAAGCACAGAGCCCCAAAGACUUUAACAUGGGCUUUUCCUCUAGCAGCCAGUAUACGUUAUGUCAGCCAGAAACUGUAUUUCCAUCUCAACCUAGUGGCAAUGAAUCAAGUAGUGAUGAUACGAGUCAUCAGCCCAGCCCAGCUCUUAGACGGCGCCGUGCCAGGAAGAAGACUGUUUCCGGCUCCGACUCUGAAGACUGAGAAACCCACCGUUCCAAGGAGGGCAUGCCUAAGUGCCAGUUCACUAGUGGCCUUAAUAAAUGUGUUAUACUCACUUUGGUGAUUGUGGUCAGCAUGGGAUUUGGACAUUUCUAUGGCACAAUUCAGGUUCAGAAGCAUCAGCAUUUGGUCAGAAAGAUACAAGAAGAUGAACUGAGUGAUGUGAAGGAUUAUCUUUGUCAAUUUCAGCAGGAACAAGAGUUUGUUACAGACUAUAAGUCAUUGAAGAAAAACCUUGCAAAGUGUUGGACCCUUACUGAAGCAGAGAAAAUGUCUUUUGAAACUCAGAAAAAGAACCUUGCUACAGAAAAUCGGUAUUUAAGACUAUCUCUAGAGAAAGGAGAAAAAGACUUGUGUUCAUUACAAGAAGUAAGGAAACUAUGAGAACAGAUUAGGGUGUUAGAAGAUAAAGGAACAAGUACUGAAUUAGUUACAGAAAACCAGAGACUUAGGCAGCAUUUGGAAGAGGAACAGGAGAAGACACACUGCGUUCUCAAUCAAAGGGAGACUUUACUGGCAGAAGCAAAGAUGCCGAAGAAGUAACUGGACAGAGAACGACUAUUAGCCGCGGCCCUAAGAGUAGAAGUCCAGCAGUUAAGCAGUAGUCAGUCAUAUGGCAACCCAGACUUUCCCAAUGUAUUAACUGAAAAAAAGGAAAUAGAAACCUUGCGGGGAAGACUUAGUGCGCUGGAGCAGAAGCUGACCUUUGAAAAGCAGUGUUCUGAUUUUUGGGAAAGAUUGUAUGUUGAGGCAAAGGAUCAAAAUGGAAAGCAAGAAACUGAAGGAAAAAAGAAAGAUGGCAGAGGAAGCCACAGGGCUAAAAAUAAGUCGAAGGAAACAUUUCUGGGUUCAGUUAAGGAAAUAUAUGAUGCAAUGAAGAAUUCAACCAAGGAGUUUGUGAGGCAUCAUAAAGAAAAAAUCAAACAGGCUAAAGAAGCUGUGAAAGAAAAUCUGAAAAAAUUCUCAAAUUCAGUUAAAUCUACUUUCAGACAUUUCAAAGAUACCACCAAGAAUAUCUUUGAUGAAAAGGGGAAUAAAAGAUUUGGUGCUACAAAAGAAGAGGCAGCUAAAAAAUCAAGAACAGUUUCGUAUUUACAUCCACAAUAUAAGGCAACCACACAAAACCAGAAUAGUAGAGGCCCCACUGGGCAGAGAGUGGGAAGGAAGGAAAAGCCCAUUCACUUUGGAAAAAUCACAAAUUCACAGAAAUGCAGUGCUGAGUAUGACUGUAGUGAAAAUUAUCAUUCUCUGAGAAAGGGUUCUGAUGUAUUUGACUGUGCGCGACAGGAAUCCAUUAGCCUUUUUAAUGUAGUAUUGAAUCCAGUAAGGAUAGACGAAUUUGGACAGUUAAUACAAAGAUACUUAUUAAAAGAGCCGGAUGGUUUCCAUCACUGGAAAGAACUUGAUCAGUUCAUCAAUCAGUUUAUCCUAAAUGGUGUCUUUAUACACGACCGGAAGCUCUUCAUUGACUUUGUUAGUGAUGUUAAAGACUAUCUGAAAGCCAUGAAGGAGUAUCACGUAGAUAAUGAUGGAGCGUUUGAGAAUCUGGAUGGAAAUAUUUACAGACACUUCCUUGGUGACACUUUUUCCCCUCCAAAUGGACCCAGAUCAGUUUACACAGCACUGUGUUAUCAUAAUAGCUUCUGA